AUGUUCAACCUUGACACUUUAACAGGUGGCAAACCACUCUUCCAUCUUGCCCUCCAUUUGUUCCAAGAAUAUGGGUUUUUAGAUUACUUCAAGCUUGAUAUUAUGAAACUGAUGAGAUGUUUAAAUUUAGUUGAGGAAGGUUACCAUGAGAACAAUCCAUAUCAUAAUGUAAUUCAUGCUGCUGAUGUCACUCAAGCAAUGCAUUGUUAUCUGAAGGAGCAGAAGUUAAGUUGCUGUAUUCAUCCAAUGGAAGCCAUGGCAGCCCUGUUUGCAUCCAUGAUGCAUGAUCUCUACCAUCCAGGGGUCAACCAGGCAUAUUUGAUUGCAACAACAAAUAUUUUGGCAUCUCUGUAUGAUAAUUCUUCCGUGCUUGAGAAUCAUCACUGGAGAUCUGCUAUUGGCAUUCUGCACGAGUCGGGCCUGUUUGACCAUUUUGAUGCACAUCAAUGGGGUCACCUUGAAUGGCAGCUCAAGUCCCUAAUUUUAGCAACGGACAUAACAAGGCAGCAGGAGUUUAUCCGGAGAUUCAAGGAAUAUCUUGAUAGUUCUGACUUCAAUAUAAAUAACAACGCAAGCCACAGACAUUUCGCAUUACAGAUUGCUUUGAAAUGUGCAGACAUAAGUAAUCCAUGUCGGCCAUGGAAAUCAAGCAAACGGUGGAGUGAACGAAUUUGUGAGGAAUUUUUCUUGCAAGGAGACUGUGAACGAAAACUCAAGCUGCCAAUCACUCCAAUGUGUGACAGAUACACAACAUCAAUUGCUAAAAUACAGUCUGGUUUUAUGGAGUAUGUCGUGAAUCCAUUAUUCCAAGAAUGGCUACGUUUCAUUCCCUCUGUCCUUUCAAAGAACAUGCUGAAAAAUGUGUCCUCCAACAAGAACCGCUGGGACAAUGAACGUGUAAAUGAACUUAAGAGGGAGGCUGAACUAAACUACGAGGAGCAGAACUCUGACAGUCUUUCAUCAGUAUUCGAACUUGAUGAAACUAACUUGGCGAAUUACGAUGACAAUUUUCAGACUAAGAAGCUUGAGGAAGAGGAGGAUGAUGAGUACAACAGUGGAUCUGAAGAGGCUGAUAUUAUUGGAGAAACUCGCUUCAUGUGUAUCGUUCCUUCCAGACACGGUUCCCUGGAAUACUCCGAGAGCUUGCGGAGCAAUUCCCCUGUCUCUGAAAACCGUGAGAAUUUCAUUCCAGGGACACGUCGACACAGUCUGCCACUUAGCUGUUUCCGCCGUGAAUCAAUGCGAAUAACUGUCAGGAGAGAGAGCUUCCCUCAUAUGCAAAAAUCACGUAGGAGCAUACCGCGUACCAACUUCCAUUACACUACCUCAUUUGAUGGAUUCUUCUCAACAAACAGCAAGAGUAUCUCCAUUGAAAGUGUGCUAACCAGGCCAAAAAUAACCACGCUUAGUCCAAGUUCAGAUGCAAGUCGGCUGGCCUCCCGGUUAGUAUUUUCAGAUCCCCAUCUUGCACAACGAAGUAACUCAAUACCAAGCACCCAGAAGUCAUCAAGCCGCCUGAUGUCUCUUCUUGCACUCACUGCAAUAAGUCCAUCUGCUGAAAUAGAUUAUCCAUUGCAGGCAUUCCAGUCUCGCACAGUCCUUGCACCCCUGUCCAGCAAUACCCAAGUGGGCUCUACCUCCAGGGAAAUCUGGCAGACGAGAGAUGCUGCACUGAACCCACUACGAAGAGUACCUGCCAUCGAUCUCACAUUUCAAAUCAAGGGCCAGGCUUUGGGUGCACAUGGUGAACUGUCUCAGUCUGGUGGAAACCGGUUGCUACCAGAUAAUUCCAGAACAGAUUUAAUUCCUGUAAGCAGCAGUGAGCCACUAAGACUUUCUGAACAUUCUCGAAGACGGUUGUCUGAUGAAGAAUCUUUGUAA